AUGGCGGUUUCCAAUUCUGAUAAUGAAGAGGAGGAUACAAUCUUCAUGAAUUCCAUUGUUAACAAACCCCCAGAGAAGAGACAACGAGUUCCAUCGGCUUACAACCGAUUUAUCAAGGAAGAAAUCAGGAGGCUUAAGGAUGAGAAUCCAAGCAUGACUCAUAAGGAAGCUUUCAGUACAGCAUCAAAAAAUUGGGCUCAGUUCCCUCCAAUUCAGUACAAAGAAGAUGGUCCAGAUGGAGAGAGUUGCACCAGCCAGAGAGAAGAAAAUGUGGCAUGGGAAUCUGAUGUGCCUGAGGCAGUCGAAGAUGGCAAAGUUUUCCGCGAGACAAAGGCCCCAAGGCAUUCCAUAUGGGAAGGACACCCUUCGAGUGAAUGA